GUACAUGCGUGCGCGUGUGGAAGCCCCUCCGCCAAGCAGGCAGCUCCUGCACUGUAGGCGCAGUGUGCAGUGUGUGUGUGCAGCGCGGCUGACCUCCCUCCGCACUGAAUGGACUAGAUUCCCAGCCACGUAAGAAGUACAGCAGCACCACGGGAGAGGAUGUCUUGCUGAAUCAAGGGAUAGGCCUGGGAAAGUCGGCCGGCCGUCCCUUCCCUCCAACACCUAGAGCAGCAGGCACACAGACGGCGCUUUUCUCAUCUGGACUACACCGAGAGAGGACGUCGACUCCCGCACACAACAACAAAAGGACUCCAGCAGCAGUUCCGGAUGGGGUUUUCUCCUUAUGUGGUAGAUGACAAUCGCCGUGCAUGGAUAUGAACUGGGGAAACAAGGCCGUGCACUGACCUGAUACUAGUUAGCUAGCGAGGAAGCUAACUAGAUAGCCCUGCACCUGCUAGCCAUCAAUUGUGUCUCGCUUCCAGCUGAAUUCAGUAGCUUGCAAAACUUGCUUUUUAUUUUACCGGCGCUACAUUUUGAGGGGUCUCCGUGCCUGCAAGCUGUAUUAAACGGGUUGUUUCUGUUUUAUGAAACGUGCCAUACUAUUAACCGGCAAGAUAAGCUAGCAAAUUCAACUGUGGGCUAACUUGGCAGCCUUCAUUCAUUGUAAAGCUCACGUUUGGUAGCCUUUGUUGCAGUUUUUUACUCUGCCUACGUUACUCGCGCUGCUAGUCAGAUUGCAGCAGGUCUUUGUAAAGCUCUCUAGUCAUCUUGAGUUAGUAAUGCUUUCAUUUUAGCCCGGUCUUGGCGUUUUGCAUGGGAAACAAAGGGGGGCACAGGAGCAGCCAAACUCUGCAACAAUCAUAGACACCCCCCAUCCUCUUAUUGUAGAAAAAGCCAGCCAAGCAGCUUUGUCGAUUAUCCUUCUCUGAUAAUCAGGCACGUCGAGUCGCAGUGAAAUCAUCAUUUCUUUUUUUUCUUUUUUUUUUUUUUUUCAUUUCAAGAUCAACUAAAAUAACAGUGUUGGACCAUUGCGUUAUAUCCCUGCACUGAGUUUACAACGAUCAAAGUGGUUCCCUAGCGAGAAGAGGAGCAAGGAGGAGGAAGGCCCCGGUUUUGUGGCGUUAUUACACCAUUCCUCAUGAACAUACAGAGGUCAAAUCCUAUUAACAUUUCACGUUAUGGGAGAUCGCGACACAAAUCGCACGAUUUCGAAGAAUUGUCUUGCCUAAGGACUACAGAGUCUCAUCAGAGUUUCAGUCCCAACCUCGGGUCCCCCAGCCCGCCGGAGACCCCGGACUCCUCACACUGUAUCUCCCGGAUCGGGGACUACCUUUUGUUGGAGCCACUGGAGGGAGACCACGUUUUCAGAGCCGCCCACCUGCACAGCGGGGAAGAGCUCAUAUGUAAGGUCUUCGACAUUGGCCGCUACCAGGAGUCGCUGGCAGCCUACUUUGCUUUGGGGCAGCACCAGCACAUUAACCAAAUUCUGGAGAUCUUGCUUGGGGAAACACGAGCCUAUGUUUUCUUUGAGAGAAGCUAUGGCGACAUGCACUCUUUUGUCCGCACCUGCAAGAAGCUGCGGGAGGACGAGGCUGCCCGACUCUUCCAUCAGAUAGCCUCGGCUGUGGCGCAUUGCCACGACAACGGACUGGUCCUCCGUGACCUCAAACUGAGAAAGUUUGUCUUCAAAAAUGAGGACAGGAGCCUCGUGAAGCUGGAGAGCCUUGAGGACACUUAUAUCCUGGAUGGUCACGACGACUCCCUGUCAGACAAACAUGGCUGCCCGGCGUACGUCAGUCCUGAGAUCCUCAAUGCCAACGGCAGCUACUCGGGGAAGGCUGCCGACGUCUGGAGCCUGGGCGUCAUGCUUUACACCAUCCUCGUGGGCCGAUACCCUUUCCACGACGUCGAGCCCGGCUCCCUGUUCAGCAAGAUCCGCCGGGGCCACUUCAGCAUCCCCGAGACGCUCACGCCCAAGGCCAAGUGCCUGAUCCGCUCCAUCCUCCGCCGCGAGCCCGCAGAGCGCCUCACCUCGCGGGAGAUUCUGGAGCACCCUUGGUUUGCCUCCUCGGGGGCCUUGGGGGGUGCCGCGGUGCAGGGCAGAGCGGAACGAGAGCAGGAGCAGAUGGUGCCUGAGGUGAACAUGGAGGAGGAGCUGGAGCAGUUCUUCAGCUGAGCCAACACCAAGCACAAAGGGACGACUCUGCCACGGUCGGCUCGCCACGCUCACAGCAGAGCCAAAACAGUAGUUUAGAGAUUAAACAGGUGAACAUUUGUCACUCACAAUAAAGGUGUUUCCAUCUCGUUUUCUUUCCACCAUUUCAUGGAAAACCUUGAGCCUGGCAUAACAAAUGGCAUCUAUACAUCACCUGGGGACGCACUCCCCCUCGGGGGUUGUCGCCGCCAAACAUGCAAGUCGCAAACAAUGUAGCAAAUGUUCUUUUGGAUCUGUUUGGUUUAAUGUGGUGCUCUUUAAAAGUAGAGACAUACACCGUUCUUGACACUAUGGAAAGCAUGAAGGGACAGGAGAACAGACAGGAAAUCACGGAGAACAAUUCGAAAUGAAUUGACAAAACGGCAACACCACUCCUUUACAGUUUGUUUUGUUCAUGUCACAGCUUUAGGUAGCACCGAUCCACAACCAGAGACCCAGGUCAGAAAUAAAUCACAAGUCAAAAACCCUGUUGUUCAAGUCGUUCACAGUGAUACUAUCGCUGACCUGGGACCGCUGGUUACAACAUGGAGCAGCUUAUGCCUGUGCUCCCGAUCAUCUAGAUGGAUGACCUCAUCUUUGUUUUGUGUUCUAUGUUUUGUGUCGCCAUCUCUCAUUUGUCUCUAAAAGGACAUAUUUAUGUUAUUCAGAAAUCUUUGUCCCUGACACAGAUGGUCACUUAAACUGCUCGUUUACUUGACUUGUUUUCAGUAAUUUGUGUAUUUCUACAUCCUCAACCUUUUAAGCCUUUACCACACUGUCUUCAUUACUACACUUUUCAUUUUAUUUUAGUAACAAGACUUUUUUUGUCCUGUUUUUUUGUUUUGAAGCUAUUCCAUUCUGUUGUUACUGCUGCUUUAUUGUCCCUCCCCUAAACCUCAAUCUGAAACUGUUCUCUUGGUCAGCCUCCAAAUACGGCAUCGUGCACUUGAUGUGUUAGGUGAACGAAUGAUUCCACCUCUUA